AUGAAGCUUUCUCAGAUCACUCUUGCUCUGACAGCUUUACUGUCUACGGCCUUUGCCCAGGGCCUGGGCGAUCUGCCUGACUGCGCGAGAGACUGCGCAACCGACGCCAUUCCUGCCAGCUGUGGCAUCGACGUGGAGUGCAUCUGUACCACCAAGUCGUUCAUCAGUGACAUUUCCUGCUGCGUGGCUAAGAAAUGCUCCGAGGACGACCAGGACACUACCCUGGAGGUCGCCAAGAACAUCUGUGCCCGUGGCGGCGUCACUGAUCUUCCCAGCUCGAUUACCUGUUCGACAGCUGUCUCGUCCAUCACUGGUGGUGCAGCCACAGCCACCACCACCACCGCCACCGACGCCAGCACCACCAAGGAUACUACUGUUACCGGUACCAAGACCACCGAGGCCGCUACUACCGGCAGCAAUGCCUCGCAGAGUGGAUCUUCCACUGCUGCCUCUUCCUCUGCGGCUGUCACCACCGGCGCUGCAGUUCUUGGUCAGGCCAAGGACGCCACUCUGAUGGCUGCAGCUGGAGCUGCUGCUGCCGUUGCUUUCUUCGUCUGA